UAAAUUUAAAAUACACACAAACACCUACAUUAGCUUAAUUAAAAACUAUUCUUAAGCUGAGAAAAAUACAUCGGGGAAUUUCUGUUUUAUAUUCCAAAAUAAUGUUACUCAUUGGACACGGAAUGCUAUAAAAAGUGUAAGAAAGGAAUCCAAGCGCUCAGUAGAUGUUUUAGUUGUUAUUGUAAACAAAUACUGUCAAUAAGCAAAUAAUGGCUGCACAGGAAAAUGAUUCUACAGAUAUCGAAGUCGUUCUUAAAGAUCUCAAAAAGAUAAACAAAGGUUCAAUUACAGAGCUCAAAUCAAUGUCGAAUCCACCACAAUUAGUUAAACAGGUUAUGGAGGCAGUAUGUAUUUUCCUGGGUAGGACUCCGUCAUGGGAACAGUCGAGGAAAUUACUUGGUAAUGUAAAUGAUUUUUUGCAGCAAAUUCAGGCUUAUGACAAGGAUAACAUAGCUCCGGAAGUAAUAACAAAGAUACGCAAUGAAUAUACAAGUGACCCGGAUUUUAGUGGUGAAAAGGCGAAGAAAGUGUCAAUGGCGAUAUGGAAGUUAUGUUCGUGGGUUAUUGCUAUGGAAAAAUAUGAUAAACUUAAGAAAUCUGCCGAUGGAAAAUAAGCAAAUUCUGAAGAGCCAUAUUACGCAUGAACACAAAAUCGCAAGAACUGAUAUAUCUCUAUGUGUAUAACUUUAAUAAACAAAUAAUUGCUUUUCUUUCAACCUGUGACAAAUUCAUUUGGAAUACUGAUGUUCUUGCUAGUCUCUUCCCAAAUGUAAGGUAGUACGAUAUAGACAGCAUAUGAAUAUUUUUUAUGAAAUCAAAUAAAUUAUUUGACAUGAAAAUUGUUCAUUACAAUGUCAUCGUUUGUUACUUUUUGUCAUAUUCAAGAUUUUUUUACUUAUAUGUGUAUUCUAAUAAUCUCCAUAUAUAAUUCACUGCAUUAAAAAAAAAAUUCCUGCCAGGCACAGGGAGUGUCGUAUAUUGAAACUGGAUCACUGUGAUGCCAUUAUACUGUUUGAGGUGCUGAUACUUUGGUAAACGUUAGCACUGUACGAAAAUAUACAUACAAAUAAACUAUAGUUAUAAACAGUUAUUGAAAUAGAUUAGAUAGGCGGGAAUAUGAUUGUAUCGAAGGUGCCAAACUGUAUAGAGCAUUUGGAAGAUCAUGAACUUAACUUAUAUGGAAUAAGAACAAAUAGUUGUUAAGAUGUUAUACUCGAUAACAUAUAUGGGUGAUAUACUGAUAGAUUUUGAAAAUAAUUGUAUGUCUACGUUAUCCUGAUUGUAAAACAAACUGUGAUUUUAUGUUACCUGAUUUUGUACGUUCAAUCUCAUAUGUACAACAGUCAUCUGUAGUUUGUAUUGGUGUCUAUGAUUAGUUCUUUAGUAAUUUUAUAUGUCGCUGAAUGUAUUUCUUUUUGUUGUUCAUUAAAAUUGUCAGUAGUAACAGAAAUACGAAGGGUCAAUAUUGACCCGGAAAUUCAUUCUUCUUGAUUUCCCUUAAUCAUUUCAUUUCAUUUUAUUUUAAUCCAUAAAUCUAUUCUUUUUAUUUUAUUGAAAAGAUCAUUUCAUAAACAAGAGUGGGUUAUAUCGUAAAUAUCGAUUUUUUUUUUGGAUUUUUUACAAAAAACGAAUCAUAACCAAUUUUUAAUAUGUUCAGAAGAAAGCGUUGUUUGUUUAAACGGUUCAUGUUUCAGCUUUUUUUUCGAAAUCAGGGCUACAUUAAAAAUCUAUAUGUAAUUUGUUAUCAUUUGUCACACAAUACAGAAUAUAUUCUCAAUGUCGCCUCCGAAGGUUAAACCCAAGUUUCUAAAUCACAUUUAAAAAAAUGUAUUGAAUUUGAAUUUAAAGAGGCGCAGUAUAAGUAAAAAAAAUGAUUUUGAAAUGCAAAAUGUAAACUGACAUGAAAUUUGUUAACCAUAACAUAGUUUUUUUUACUAUUUUAUGCUGCAGAAUUUCUUAUUGUAUCAUUUUAAAAAUAAAUACUCAUUUAACGAU